AUGUGCAAGAUCCUCUUGAAAUCGAGUAGCAGAGGGUUGAGUGUUUUUCAUUUGGUGAAUGCGGUGCACCAUGUCCCGGAAGAAGACCGAUGUACGGUACAGCAGACAAUCUUUUCUGAUCCUUCGAGUUCGGGAGAAAAAAAUGAGACUGCUUUACAAAAUGAAAUUCAACCAGAGAACGAAAUCCUCGAUUUAUCCAUUUUGCGGAAUCGUAUUAAGAAUUCGAGUCAUGUGGAUCAAGACAUUGGAGUGAACAUUGAUGAAUUUCUGGAAAGUGUUCGGAAAGAGGAUCUCCGUUGGAAUUCCCCCGCUCAAGAUAAAGAGCAAUAUGAUAAAAGACCCUUAAAGUACAUCCUGUACUGGAACGAGGCCUAUGGGAGCACGGAAUACGGGUUUUGUUGUGGCCAAGAGCCAUUGUAUAAGAUCCGGUGCCCGAACACCAAUUGUUACUUCACCAAUAAUCGUACUCUCUUCGGGGAGGAUCAGGAUCAAUUCGAUGCCAUUCUGUUCCAUCAACGAUCCCUCAUGGAUACAGAUCUGCCCAAAAAGCGAUCACCACAUCAGCGUUACAUUAUGUUCAUGUUAGAAUCCGCUCAGUACAACAUGGGGUUCGAAAGUCUCAAGUGGAAUAGUUUCUUCAAUUGGACCAUGACCUACCGCCGAGAUUCAGAUAUUCCAUUUCCAUAUGGAGAGAUUGCGAUCAAUCCGACAAGUUCCUUGCCUUUUGCCGAAGGAUCUGCGGAAUUAGAUUCUUGGAUCCAAACAUUCGGAGCGUCCCACUCUCAUUUGGCCAAAGGACGAACCAAAAAGGUGGCCUGGUUUGUGUCCAAUUGUGAUACCCAAAGUAAUCGGGAAAAAUUUGUCACGGCCUUGGCCACGCAUAUUCAGGUUGACAUUUUUGGCCAAUGUGGUCCCAAGAGGUGCCCUCGGUCCUCCAACGAAGAUUGUUGGGAAAUGGUCGAAAAGGACUACAAGUUCUAUCUGGCCUUCGAGAACUCGAUUUGUGUGGACUACGUCACGGAAAAAUUCUUCAAUUCCAUCAGUCAUCAAGUCAUCCCUGUGGUCUUGGGCGGGGCCGAUUACUCUGGAAUGGCCCCGAAGAAAUCCUUCAUCAGUGUCCAUGAUUUGGACAACAACCCGGCGAGAUUGGCCAAGUAUCUCAAAAAAUUAGACGAGAACGACGAUUUGUAUGCGGAAUAUUUCUGGUGGAAGGAGUUCUACAAAGUCAAGAAGGCUGACGAGGACAGAAUUCGAGCCUUCUGUAAUAUUUGUCAGAAGCUCCAUGAUCCAAAACAAGGAGAAAACAUCUAUUCUGAUCUGAAUGAGUGGUGGGACCACAAAUCCAAAUGUCGGCGAGCCCGUGUAAAACUGUGAUGACCACAGAUUCCGUCCAGAUCUUGUGAAGCAUUCAUUGCGCUUGAAUGGCACAUUGUCCGUAAUCAAUCCCCACAUUUGAUACAUUAUGAGGACAUGCUCCUUCAGAAUAGAUAUGAGUUGGAUGAUCCAUAUCAAUUAGCAGUCCUAAUCCUUGACCAAAAUACGAAACAACCUCUCGCUCUCUUAUGAUUGUCGUUUAUCUAGCGAUAUGACCAUAAAGUUUCUGACCCUUAAUGACAACUCGAUUGUUAACGAACCCCUUUACCGAUUUAUCUUACAUGAUAAGUGGACCUCGGAAAAAAGGAAGAAAAGAC